AUGUCAGUCACAGAAAUCAUCCAAACACCGCCAGAGGAGCCCAUGGCCAUCCCAUCCAAUCGCGAUGGCGUCGCCUACCUAUAUGGCCACCCUCUUCUAAACUCACUCUCCCCACCAUUGCACCAGACUGUCUACAAUGCGCUCGGUCUCAAUUGGACGCAAAUACCCCUAUCUAGCGUGACAGGCGUAUCAGACACCUACCCUCCGCCCUACACACGGUCACCACCAAUCGAGAGAUAUAUGGCAUCGAUCAAGUCCAACCCCAAAUUCGUCGGUUCAUCCGUGACAAUGCCUCACAAGGUCGCAAUCAUGCCGUACUUGGAUGAUCUCACCGAGCAUGCCCGCCAAGCCGGCGCUUGCAAUACCAUCUUCUUACGCAACGACCCAACGACCGGCGAGCGCCAGUAUGUCGGUACCAACACAGACUGCGAUGGCAUCCGAGAAGCACUCACGCAGAACGCACCGGAUCCAUCGCGCUUCCGCGGCCGGCCCGCGCUUAUCAUCGGCGGUGGUGGCACUGCCCGCACUGCGAUCUAUGUCAUGCGCCGCUGGCUCGGCUCAAGCCGCAUCUACAUCGUAAACCGUGAUGCUGCCGAGAUCGCGGCAAUCCUGGAGGAAGAUCACCUUCGCAAUCCUGAUUCAAAUGCUCAAGCCCCUCUCAUCCCCAUCACCGACCCGGCGGAGGCUUCCCAGCUCGAGUCACCUGCUGCCAUCGUCUCGGGUAUUCCCAAUUAUCCACCAAAGACCCCAGAGGAACUGCGCUCACGUGCCAUCAUCCAGGCUUUCCUGGGUAAUGCUAUGGAUGCAGAAGAACAGCAGGGUGUUAUUCUGGAGAUGUGCUACCACCCUACACCAUGGACUGAGAUCGCUCACCUGGCUUCCGCUGCUGGGUGGAAGGUCAUUCUUGGCUCCGAGGCUUUGAUUUGGCAGGGUCUGGAACAGGCUCGUCUCUGGACUGGCAAGGAUGUAAUUGGUACUCCUGGGCUCGUGCAGCAGGUUAAGGAUCUCGUUGCCAAGACCAUUGCGGAUCGAGCGUCUACAAAGUCCAGCCUGUGA